GAAAAUGUUCCACAUCACUGUUGCAGGGAUUUCAGCAAAUCACAAGCUGGUGGAAGAGUUCCUGAGUGAAUACUAUUUCAUCGAUGUGACUUUAUAUACUGUACACCAUGCUACUUAUCCUCCCGGAGAGCCGAGAGACGUAGAUAGAAUUAAUUGUGCAUCGCACUAGUGGACUGGCAGUGAAAUUCCAGAAUGAAGUUCGCUUAUAAGUUCUCCAACCUGUGUGGUACGGUGUACAGUCAAGGUAAUGUGACCUUCACAGCCAACGACUGCGUGGUCAGUCCUGUUGGGAACAGAGUGACGAUAUUUGAUCUGAAAAAUAACAAGUCCAGUACUCUGGAGUGCGAGAACCGGAAGAACAUCGCAAGAAUAGCGCUAUCACCGAAUGGCUGCACCUUGAUAACUAUUGACGAAGAUGGCCAUGCACUGCUGAUUAGCGUGGCACACGGCACUAUUCUGCAUCACUUCAACUUCAAGGAGCGCGUUCGGGACAUCAUCUACAGUCCGUGCGGGAAGUACUUUGCUGUAACGCAUGGCAACAAAAUGCAGAUAUGGCACGCGCCAGGGACCACCGUGGACUUUGCGCCGUUCCGUCUGAUGCACUUGUUCCCGGCUCAGUUUGACGAGAGCACGUGCAUCGACUGGUCGUCCGACUCGCGGUUCAUUGUGGUAGGCUCUAAGGAUAUGACGUGUCGUAUCUAUACGGUAAACCACGUUCCUGGAUUCACUGGUGUCACGCUGUCUGGCCAUCGCAACACAGUGAAGGGUGUCUACUUCGAGGAGAACUCCCUCAAUGUAUCCUCCUCACUCUCUUCUGGCUGCUUGUGUAUUUCU